UUCAAAGUGUUAAAUAGAACCACAGAAAACCACCAUUGAUAUAUACAUAAUAUAUAUAUAUAUACAUCUUUCAUGAUAAAAGUAUGAUAUAAACCAGAAUGCAAUGCCACAAAAACAACCUUAUAUCACACCACAAAAAACUCUGCCUAAUAACAUUUCUACUAUCGCUACUUUCCACUUUUCCAUUUUCCCAAACCUUCAACUAUGGCGACUCCCUAUCCCUGAGUCUCCUCUACUUCGAGGCACAGCGCUCGGGCCACCUCCCUUACAACCAGAGGCUUAAGUGGCGCCACCACUCAGGCCUCAUAGAUGGCCUCGAGCAAGGGGUGGACUUGGUUGGGGGAUACUAUGAUGCAGGAGAUAAUGUGAAGUUUGGGCUGCCUAUGGCAUUUACCAUCACAGUGCUUUCAUGGAGUGUGAUGGAAUAUCAAGAUCAAAUAGCUGCUGCAGAGGAAUUACAGCAUGCUUUAGAAGCUAUCAAAUGGGGUACUGACUAUUUCAUCAAGGCUCACACUCAUCCCCAUGUUUUAUGGGCUCAGGUUGGGGAUGGUGAGACUGAUCACCUAUGCUGGCAGAGGCCAGAAGACAUGACAACAUCCCGCCAAGCAUACAAGCUUGACAAGGACAAUCCCGGGUCAGAUGUGGCCGGAGAGACAGCAGCAGCCAUGGCUGCAGCCUCCCUUGUGUUUAAGAAAAAAAACCCACAUUACUCAACCCUUUUACUAGAACAUGCACAGCAGUUGUUCGAGUUUGCAGAUAAGUAUAGAGGCAGAUAUGAUGAUAGCAUUGAAGUAGCAAAAGGAUACUAUACCUCGAUUAGUGGAUACAAGGAUGAACUUUUAUGGGCUGCUUUGUGGCUGCAUAAGGCUACCGAAAACAGAAGCUAUUUGAAUUACGCUGUUAAGAAUGGAGAGUCCUUCGGCGGCACCACUUGGGCCGUCACUGAAUUCAGCUGGGAUAUUAAGUAUGCUGGACUGCAACUCAUUGCUGCCAUGCUUCCAAUGGAAGAGAAGACCGAAGAGGAGAAGAAGAUACUCCAACAAUACAGAUCAAAAGCAGAGCAUUACAUCUGUGCUUGUCUGAACAAGAACAAUGGGGCUAAUGUGAAGCGCACCCCAGGUGGCCUACUGUACACACGGCGAUGGAACAACAUGCAGUAUGUUUCUAGUGCACUGUUGCUGCUCGGGGUGUAUUCAGAUCACCUACGGUCCACAAACCGCGCGCUCAGCUGCGAUAUAGGCUUGGUGGUGUCUGAGGAGAUUCUUGAAUUUAUCAAGUCACAGGUGGACUACAUCUUGGGAGAUAAUCCGAUGAGAAUGAGCUACUUGGUUGGGUAUGGACCGUUGUACCCGACAAGGGUGCACCACAGGGGUGCAUCCAUGCCGUCGUACAAAGAUUACAAGGAGUUCUUAGGGUGUAUGCAGGGGUAUCAUACUUGGUUUGUAAGACAUGCUCCAAACCUGCAUGUUCUUGCUGGAGCACUCGUUGGUGGACCCGAUGAAAAGGAUGAAUUCAGGGACAGCAGGCGUAACUUUGCGCAGACGGAGGCCUGCACAUACAAUACAGCUCCAUUGGUAGGAGUUUUUGCCAAAUUGCAUUCACUAGAAAAGAAUAAUUCAUUCUAA